ACUACAAAACUAGAAUCCAAGAACCCUGAAAAAGAGAGAAAGAAAGAAAGAACUCCAAGGUCUUCAAUGGCUACCCAAUUUCUCAUGUCCAUCAUUCUCCUUUCUCUCCUCAUUUCUUUCUCUUCUUCUCUCCCUAUAUACAGCAUACUUGAUGCCACCCAAAUCCUCUCAAAUUCAGGCUAUGUAGCCAUGGCUCUCAUUCUUGAAUUUGGCUCUCAAACUGAUCUAAUCCCACCAUCUCAAUCUCUCACCAUCUUCUCUCCCUCUGAUACUGCAUUUUCUCUUUCAGGCCAGCCCUCUCUUGAUCUCCUUCAUUUCCACUUCACCCCUCGGUCUUUCUCUCUAAGCUCCCUCAAAUCCCUCCCUCCUGGAUACCAAAUCCCCACUCUUUUCUCCAAUCACUCCCUCGUCAUCAGUUCUAAUGCUGAUAGUCAAACCUCGGUAAACGGUGUCAAGAUUAACGGGCCGGCUUUAUAUGAUGAUGGGUUUCUAGUAAUCUUUGGUGUGGACAAUUUUCUUGGUCCGGAUUUUACGGUUUCUGGGUCCAUUAAUGGGAGUACUGGUGGAAUUCGUGGAUGCUAUGUUACAUCUGGUGAAGAUGAUUACUCAUUUGAGGAGGCUAGUGGGGUUUUGAAAUCAAGAGGGUAUUCUGUUAUGGCCUCGUUUCUUGAUUUGCAAUUGGCGAAGUUUAAGGACCAUACCAGGUUAACAAUCUUGGCUCCUGUUGAUGAAAUUAUGAAAGGUUUUAUGGGUGAUUUUAGUGAUUGCCGUUCAAUCUUUCUUAGGCAUGUCGUGCCUUGCAAGAUUUCGUGGAGGGAUUUGGUUAGUCUUGAUGAUGGGGUGGUGUUACCUACCUAUUUGAGGGGGUUUAAAAUAAAUGUAACUGUAUCUAGUACUUUCUUGAUGUUCAAUGGAGUUCAGGUCAUUGUUCCUGAAAUUUAUAGCAAUAGUUGGCUUGCUGUUCAUGGUCUUGAGGGGAGUUUAGUGAUGCAAGAACCGACUGCAACUGCAAGCAACGCUGAAAAGAUUGUAGUGGAUUUUAAGGCCAUAAAGAUCUUGAUAGCCCUUUCUUUUCUGCUUCUGUGUACCUCUCUGCUGAACUCUAUUUUGUAAGUGCAUUCAUUCACUGCCACUUUCGUGUCCCUUCUUGUAAAAAGGUUUGUGUUCAAGUUGUUAGUGUUGUAAUUGGAUUCCAUUUUCUUAUUGACUUGAUGUGAAACAAUAAAACUACGCCGUGAUAUUGUGAAAUGAUGAUUUUUGAAAUGAAA